CGACCAAUGAAAAUAUAAACGCUGUAAUUUGUACUAAAAAGUGAUAUAAAUAAGUAUGUGAUAAUGACGUUACAUUUGGAACAAUUUAACGACACGGUGAUCCGGACUACAUAUGAAGAGUUUCCUCUUUUGAUGCCUAGAUGGGGUUACGUUGCCUCCGCUUUUGUUUUGUUUCUCAUCGGAUUUUUUGGAUUCUUCCUGAAUCUUAUGGUUAUUUUGCUGAUGUUCAAAGACCGGCAGCUGUGGACGCCGUUGAACAUAAUAUUGUUUAAUUUAGUUUGCUCUGAUUUCUCCGUGUCACUUUUGGGAAAUCCUUUUACAUUGAUAUCUGCUCUAUUCCAUCACUGGAUAUUCGGCCAUACUCUAUGCGUGCUCUAUGGAUUCUUCAUGGCAUUAUUAGGUAUAACCUCAAUCACGACCCUGACAGUGAUAUCCUUUGAGCGGUAUAUGAUGGUAACGAAGCCCUUUAGCUCUAGGCAUCUUACUUCAAAGGGUGCGGUACUGUCGAUUGUUUUUAUAUGGGCAUACGCUUUGGCUCUAACAAUGCCACCACUCUUCGGUUGGGGUAACUAUGAAAAUGAAGCGGCUAAUAUCAGUUGCUCGGUGAAUUGGCAUGAACAAUCUUUCAACACCCUAACAUAUAUUCUCUUCCUCUUCGCAAUGGGUCAGAUUCUGCCGUUCGCCAUCAUUACGUUCAGUUACGUCAAUAUCAUAAGGACUAUGAGAAAGAACUCACAACGACUCGGACGUGUGAAUCGCGCGGAAGCUCGUGCUACUGCAAUGGUUUUGCUAAUGAUUAUAUCAUUCACUGUAUCUUGGACACCUUAUUCUCUUUUUGCUUUAAUGGAACAGUUUGCUACAGAAGGCAUAGUCUCGCCCGGUGCUGGAGUUAUACCAGCAUUAGUAGCAAAAAGCUCUAUUUGCUACGAUCCUCUAAUCUACGUCGGCAUGAAUACACAGUUCCGCCAGUCCAUCAAACGUGUUUUUAGUAUGCCGACUAAAUGUAGAAACUCUGAAACUGAUAGAGGAUACAAUAACACGUUUUUAUCACCGAGCCAUAAAUUAUCUGUGUUCAAAGAUACAACUUUACAAAACUCCUCAGAAACUAGUCUUUUGAAUACACCCAAAAAAAUAAGUAAAAGCGAAAUGCAUUUGGAUGGUAAAAUUAACAUAACAAUAAAUGAUAAAGGUAAUAAACAUAUUCACAAAGUUCCCAAAUUAUGUUUGAUAGAUGAAAAAAUGACCGUAUCGGAUGCAGAAAAAUCGGGUGAAACUAUUUUUGAUGAUGACACAAGUAACAGUAAUAGAAAACUAGAAAUAUUUGGAGAGUCUUGCAAAUUAAACGAUCACUCUCCUAUUCUUACGAUAGUCGAUUCUAACAAACUUUGCUUUACAAAAGUGCCCAAACGAGAAAAUGACAAACAACUUUACGAGGAACAGUUUCCUGCAGUCAAAAAAACAGACAACACUGACCAUAGUUUUAAACGUACGAAAACAAUAAAACACAGCUGUUCUCUAGAUUUAGGUGGUAUAUCACAUGAAGGGAAACGACGAAAAUUUUCUAUUGAGACUAAAUUCGAAUCGAAUUUUGCACCUAAAAGUUUUAUGGGAACAGUGGUGAGUAAGUUUUUUGAGCAAAAUGUUAAACAUGACAAUAUAAAAACUUAUUUAUGUGAAAAUCAGGACAACCAAGGGAAUGAAGAAUCAAGUUAAUUAAUAAUUUGAACAUUUGAAUUUCGAAAUAAGCGGGAUAUUGACCGUCAUUGGUUAGUCCAAAAGGCAAACAAGGAAAGGUAUUUUCUAUGGUUUUUCUAUUCAUUAGAGUCUUUAUGAAUCUGUGAUAGGAUAAAAGUGUCAAAAACAUAUAGGGAUGAUAUUCUAAAUUAUUUUUGAGAAGAUCGAUAAGAAUUACAUAAAUAUUUACUGUAAAAUAUUGAUAAAAAAAUUUACACGCACAUUGAAGACAAGUUUA